AUGAAAAAUGAAGAAACCGAGUGCACCUGGGCAGAGCGCUAUCUUUACACGGUUGCGGUAAGGGACGCGCUCGGAUGUGCCGACUCGCUUAUCUUCGAUAACAUCGUGCACCAUGCGUCGCCUGAGCUGUUGAACGUCAUGCAGGUCAAGCCCGACCCGACGCGUGUCGUCUAUCUACGACAUGCAGAAGAGCUGUCGCACAUUGCCCAGUAA